CAGCAUUAGCAUUCAAGCUAGCUAUCACAGCAGGAAGUACGAGCAUGGCGGUGUCACCAGCCGUGACAACACUGUGUGAAAACUCAAACGAAGUCUUUCUAGACGUCGCGAAGUUGUUACUUACAUACGCGGAUAAUAUUUUAAGGUAUCCCAAUGAGGAAAAGUACAGAUCCAUCCGCAUUGGUAAUCCUACAUUCUCCACCAAGCUGUUGCCCAUCAAAGGUGCUGUGGAAUGCCUGUUUGAGAUGGGAUUCGAGGAGGCUGAGACCCACCUGGUGUUCCCCGAGUCUGCAUCAGUGGAACAGCUCAAGCUCAUCAGGGAAUCCAUAGCAGCAGAGAGGGAUCAAAGGCUACGUGGAGGACAGUCUGUCCAGCCUGCUGCUCAGGGCGCUGCUGCCUCUGCCUCUGCCUCAGCCUCAGCACCAGAGAGCUCUGCUUUUGCCUCCAGCCAGCCAGUUGUACAACCUCCAUCACAGCCUCCAUCCUUGGAGAGCAGUAUGAGCUUUUUUGUGACUCUCCAGUCAAAUUUCCAACACGUGAUGAUGUAUGAAAACCCUGAGCUGCAGCGCAAAGCCAGGAGCUGCAUCCCUCACCAGCAGAUGUCCUCUGCUGCUGAACGCAAGCUAAAGGAGGCAAAAGAGGCAGAUCCAGAAUGUAAACUUGGAAUGGAAGAAUUCCUGGUGCUGGAGCUGCUCAGUUGGUUCAAACAAGACUUCUUCUCCUGGGUGGACUGUCUCCCCUGCAGCCGCUGCAAAGGCCGGACCCAGAACUCCGGCUCACUCAGUCCUACCCCCGAUGACCUCCGCUGGGGAGCCCAGCGAGUGGAAAACCAUUUCUGUCAGAGCUGCCAGCUCUCCACCAGAUUCCCCAGAUACAAUAAUCCUGAGAAGCUACUUGAAACCAGGAGGGGGCGCUGUGGGGAGUGGGCUAACUGUUUCACACUGUGCUGCAGAGCUCUUGGCCUUGAGGCCAGAUAUAUCUGGGACAGCACAGACCACGUGUGGACGGAGAUUUACUCGGUGUCUCAGCGCCGCUGGCUGCACUGCGACUCGUGUGAGAAAAGCUGUGAUAAGCCUUUAUUGUACGAGGUCGGCUGGGGGAAGAAACUGGCCUACGUUCUGGCUUUCUCUAAGGAUCAGGUGGUUGAUGUAACAUGGAGAUAUUCCUGCAAACAUCCAGAGGUAUUGUCAAGAAGGACCAAGGUUCAGGAGGCCUGGCUGCUGCACACCAUCAAUGGGCUUAAUACCACGAGGCAGCAGUCCCUGAGUCCAGAGAGGAAGAAGGAGCUGACAGAGAGGCUGCUUGUCGAACUGGUGGAGUUCAUUUCCCCCAAGAAACCAAAACCAGGAGAGCUGGGCGGACGCAACUCUGGCUCUCUGGCCUGGAGGAUAGCACGGGGGGAGACCAGGAAGGAUACAGGGACCUCCACACAGGCUGCAGAAUAUGUGUUUACUCCCACUGAGAAAGAGAAGAGGGACUGUUUACUGCACGUGCGCUACAAUGCCGUUAAAGACCAGUACUGUCGAGUGUCCAACAACUCUGAAGUCAUCCAGAGCUGGGAUCAGUGUGUGUGGAGGAAGGAGUCAGUCUUCAGAAAGGUGGAGGAGGACUGGCAGAUGGUUUACAUAGCUCGAACAGAAGGCUCCUCUACGGGAAGAAUCAGCUGGAAGUUUGACUUCAGUCCGGCGGCAAUGAAGAUGAAGUCCGUCUCCAUCAUGGCUGGUAGCCAGACCUUCCACUCUGGGAAAGUCUGCUGGCACCUGCAGGCAGGCCAGAUCACUACAGAGUUCACUGGAGAUGGGAAGAUGCAGUCAUUCCAGAGUCUAUCCGGCUCCUCAGAGCUCGUUGUUGUAGCAGAACUCAGUGGUGGAGAAUCAUGGCAGCACUCUCAGCUCUUCAGACAAAGCUUAAAGGAGCCAGAGCAGUCUUCACUAGAAAUCCUCAUCCAUUUAGAGGAUGCUUAACAUUUUUUUACUCAACUAAAUUGGAGCCGUAAUUUUUCUUGGUGUUGACUUCUGGGACAAGUUCAGAGUUAACUGUUUGGAUGAUAGUUUUGUAUGAAAAGAAAUCAGUGCAAUAUUUGAAUUUGUGUCGGUCCUUCAGGAUGAUUAAAGGUCCAGUGUGUGGGACUCAGUGGGACAUAUUGGCAGAAAUUAAAAAAAAAAAAAAAAAGUUUCUUUAAGUGUAUAAUCACCUGAAAAUAAGAAUCGUUUCUCUGUUACCUUAGAUUGAGUCAUGUGUAUCUACAUGAGGAGCAGGACCUCGUUUGUAGAGAUUGCAAUGUUGUACCAGCAUGUUUCUACGGUAGCUGAGAAUGGACAAACCAAACACUGACUCCAGAUAUGGCCGUUCGUGUGUCCCUGUGGCCCAUCUGUGCAGAGCAGCAUAGAAAAAACAGAUUUUUUUUAAUGUGAAACUGCCUAAUUUAGUGGUUUUACCAGUUUAAAUCACUGAAUCUGUUUGUUUGCCGAUAAUUCUGCUGAAAGUUAUCAGAAACAAAAAGUGAGCACACAAUAGCAUGUGCUAGGCUAGCCGCCCUUUUUUGACAUGUCAAACAGUGUUACAGAAACACUGAUUUGUAACGUGACACUGCUUCAUUCAGUGUUUCUACUGGUUUUAAUUUGCUUGUUUUGGAGAGGAAGAGACCUCUGCAGAUAAUUCAACCCCUGGUACAAACCUCCUGAACAAUAAACACUGAAGUUGUUAUUAUAACUGGGAGAUGUUGAAGCUGGUUGCAAUCUGCAGUCCUCAUCGCAAGAUGCCACUAAAUCACCCUAAAUCCUACACACUGCUCCUUUAAAUAUGCAUGGCCUACUGAUAGAUGAGUGAAGACAUGCAUUUUGUACCUAUCACAGAGUACAGAUGAUGCGACAAAGGGCCACAUGACUUAUGAGACAUGCAGUCUACAAUAAACAUGUAAAGAGUUUUAAA